AUGGCGGCUGAAGAAGAAUCGAAAACCGUUCUCGUCACAGGAGCGAAUGGAGUCAUUGGCUCUGCGGUAUGCAGAGCCUUUUCGCACGCCGGAUGGAAGACCUAUGGUCUCCUUCGCAGCCAGACCUCGUUGCCCGAUCUCGUUCGCGAAGAGAUCAUCCCCGUCGUCGGGUCUGCGGCUGAUACAUCGGCGUGGAUAUCUAGACUACCAGCGAUUGACGUGAUAGUAUCCUGCUCAGAGGACAUCAGCAACUACGAAUCGCAUUUCAACGACGUGCUGUCCAUGAUCAUGCAAAUCAGCCAGCUGUCCCGGGAGCAAAGAGGUCACAACAAGACGCGGCCUCUUGUAAUCUUCAGCAGCGGAUGCAAGGACUAUGGAACGACGCUGCGCCACGGCGACCCGGCUCUUGCACCGCACACCGAAGACAGCCCGCUGAAUUCACCUGCGAUGCUCCAGAAACGCACACAAUGUUCCCUCAGUAUGUUCAACCACGCCGUUGAUUUCGACGCCGUGGUAACAAGGCCGACCACCGUUUUCGGCCGGAGUGGAAGCUGGUACGCCGUCAUUUUCCAACUCGCCGAGGCAGCAGAGGCGGCAGGCCAAUCCGAGUUGACGAUCCACUCAACGCCAAACUCGAUUCUGCACGGGACGCACGUUGAUGAUGUCGCUGUCGCGUACCUUGCCAUCGCUGAGGCACCCCGUGACACCGUUGCCGGGCAGGUGUACAAUAUCUCGGCGCAUCGGUAUGAGACUCUCGAAGAGAUCGCACGGGUGGUCGAGACAAACCACAACAUCAAGGUUGUCUUCUCUGAUCCCGGACCAGCUGAUCAGCAUAAAUUUGGUGUCAAUUCGGUCUUCAACUUCCCACAGUGGGUUGACUCGACUAAGAUCAGAAGACAGCUUGGCUGGACAGAUCGAAAGCCUCUGUUCCACGUAGGUUACGACGUGUAUCGAAAAGCAUUCGAGCAGGCUAAGAAAGAUGGGAGUGAUCAGUACUGGAGGAACAAUGGCUAUGUGGAAUUGUUGAGGGAUGAAAGGUAUCAUUUUCGAGAAGGCAAAUAG